CAGCGGGCGGCUCGGGCGCUUGAAGGCGGCGGGCUCGGUGGGCUCCGCAGGCUCCGCCGCCGCCUCCGUCGCCGCGGCCUCCGCCAUGUUCCCGGGUCCGCACCCGAAUGGAGUCCUCCGGGGACGAGCUCCGCGGCGCUGCAGUGCCGGGGGAGAAGGAAUCUGUUAAAUGCCGGAGUGGCGACCUGAUGCUGCUGAGGACACCGCGCUGCUCAGCGAGGCACUGAGCGACAGCCUGCCUGACAGCCGUAGUCUGUUUAGGAGUGUCAUCCCAGCUCCAGUUCUUGUUGCUACCCAGAGUACAUUUCCCUGCAACAAGGCGCCCUUGUACCACAGUAUCAGGUAGCCUUCUUCUGGGCUCUGUGGACAACGAGUGACUUGUGCAGAAAUGCUGCGAUACUGGGGUGAGAUCCCGGUUUCCUCCAACCAGGCCAACCGCAGCUCCUUUGACCUGCUGCAGCGCGAGUUCCGUACCGUGGAAGUCCAGGAUCCUCCACUGCACCAACCAUCUGCGAACAAGCCCCGGCCCACCACCAUGCUGGACAUCCCCUCUGAGCCCUGCAGCCUCACUAUCCACACCAUCCAGCUCAUCCAACACAACCGGCGGCUGCGCAGCCUCAUCGCCACAGCUCAGGCUCAGAACCAGCAGCAGGCAGAGGGCAUAAAAACUGAGGAGAACGAACCUCUGCCAUCUUGUCCAGCCUCUCCACCUCUCCCGGAUGACCUGCUUCCUCUGGAUAGCAAAACGCCCAAAAUGCCAUUUCAGCUGAGGCACAGUGACCCAGAGAGUGAUUUCUACAGAGGAAAAGGGGAGCCAGUGACUGAGCUGAGUUGGUCCUCCUGCCGGCAACUUCUCUACCAGUCAAUGGCCACCAUCCUGGCUCACACAGGCUUUGAGUGUGCCAAUGAGAGUGUUCUGGAGACCCUGACAGACAUUGCCCACGAGUACUGCUUGAAGUUCACCAAACUGCUGCGCUUUGCUGUGGAUCGAGAAGCUCGACUUGGGCACACCCCUUUCCCUGAUGUCAUGGAGCAGGUCUUCCAUGAAGUGGGCAUUGGCAGCGUGCUCUCUCUGCAGAAGUUCUGGCAGCACCGCAUUAAGGAUUAUCACAGCUACAUGCUUCAGGUUAGCAAGCAGCUCUCUGAAGAAUACGAGAAGAUUGUCAACCCUGAAAAGGCAACAGAGGACACAAAGCCUGUGAAGAUUAAGGAGGAACCUGUGAGUGAUAUUACUUUCCCCAUAAGUGAGGAGUUGGAAGGAGAUCUGGCUUCUGGUGACCAGUCUUUGCCUGUUGGAGUCCUUGGAGCUCAAAGUGAGCGCUUCUCGACCAACUUGGAAGUAGAAGCUUCCCCGCAGACUUCAGGGGCUGAGGUGAAUGCUUCCCCACUCUGGAACUUGGCACAGGUGAAAAUGGAGCCACAGGAAAAUGAGGAGGGUAAUGUACAUGGCCAUGGGGUCCUAGGCAGUGAUGUCUUUGAGGAACCAAUGUCAGGCAUGAGCGAAGCUGGGAUGCCACAAAGCCCCAAUGGCUCUGAGAGCAGCUACGGUUCUCAUUCUGCUGACAGUCUGAUGGGAUCCUCACCUGUCUUCAACCAGCGCUGCAAAAAGAAGAUGAAGAAGAUGUGAGAAGGAGCAUUCUUUUUAUUUAGUCCUGAUGGUAUUUAAUAGACUGGAAAUGAACUAGGAGAGUACUGUGAUGGCUAUGAUUCUAACACAGGGCUGGCCCUGGUGUAUGAGGGACCUCAUACAUGAAAUUACUGUGAGAGGUUUGAUGUGUAGUGCACUUCAGCUUCCCUCUUUGCUGGCUUCUGUACUCCAUCCUGACUCAUGAGGUAGAAGAUCACUGAUUACAUUUGACGGUGGCAUGGCUUGCUUUGGCAGAUUAAUGAGGAAUGUACCAGUGAAAAGUAGUUGUGAGAAGGUUUGCCAAGUCACAGAAUCAUUGAAUAGUUUGGUUUGAAGGUACCUCAUGAUGUUUCUACUCCACGCCCCCUGCUCAGAGCACAGCGAUUUAGAGCAGGUUGCUAAGGGCUUUGUCCAUUUAAGUUUUGAGUAUCUACAGGCAUAGUGAUGCCAAACCUCUUUGGGUAACAUUUUUCCACAUUUGACAACCCUCGUAGUAAGAAAAAAAAUAUUCUUGCAUCUAGUUGGAAUUUCCUAUGUUCCAGCUUGUCUUCAUUGCCUCUUGUUCUGUCAUUGCUCAUCUCUGAGAAGAGACUGUCUUCUCUAACCUGGCUAUUAAGUGACUAUAUACAAUGAGAUCUGUCUCUAGUCUUUUCUCAUCUUAAGUGUGAAGAAACCAUGUUCCCUGAGCUCUCCUUGCUCGUCCUGUGCUCCAGCUCCCUAACCAGUUCUGUGGCCUUCCACUGAAAUUGCUGCAAUGCCCUUGUGAAGGGGAGCACAAAAAUGGAUGCAGCCCACCAGACACAGUCUCACAAGUGCUGAAUAAAGAGGAAUAAUAAUUUCCCUCAUUGUGCUUGCUUCCCUCGUGCUUGCUGACUGUUGGGAGCAGCAAGAGAGUCUUAAGGUAGGGUAUUUUAAGUUAGAGAGCCAUUGCUGAUGAUUAUGAUGACCUAGCAAAGAUGCUGUAGCAUGGUCUCACAGUGCCAGCUCACUCAGUGCCUUCAGAUUAAUCCUGUUGGUUCCAACUGGCUUAAGUUCUUGCUCACUCAGUCUUCCUUGCCAUAGGUAAAGCUUCAUUCCCACACACUGAUUGAAGGCCCGGGGACCUGACAGGCCUUAAGGCAGAACUUAUCAGUAAAAACAGGCAGAAAAGGUGUUGUGUGCAUCAGCCACAAAGCACAAAGAACAUCCUUUGUCACCGUAUUGCCUGCAUUGUUGAACAGUAAACCCAUAUUUUCUUAUAGUUUCUUUUGCUUCCAGUGUACUUAUAGAAGCCUUUCUUCACAUCUCUUACCAGUUUCAACUCCAGCUGAGCUUUGGCUUUCCUAAUUGUUCCUGCAUACUUGGGCUGUGUCUCUAUAUCCCUGCUGGCAAGCCCAUCCUCAUUUCCACUUCUCUGUACCUUUUUGUUUGUGUUUGAGCUCAGUCAGGAGUUCCCUGGUCAUCUUUGCUGACCUUCUGUCAUGCCUGCUUUAAUUUCUGCUUGUCAGAUAGGGCUGUUUUUCUACUUUGAGAAAACUGUCUUUGAAGAUAAGGCAGCACGCUUGGGUUCCUUUGGGCAGCCAGGGUAGUCCCUCAUGAAAUCCUGCCAAGACAUUCCUUGAGUAAACCAAAAUUUGUUGACCUGAAGGUACAGGACUCUGUCUUGUAAACAUUUCUCGGGAUUUUAGAUGCCACAAUUCUGUGUCUUCUGCAGCCAAGACCUUCACAUUCUCCUCCAAUUUUUCCUUGUUAGAAACAAGUCAAGCAGAGCUUAUUCCCUAAUUGGUUUUGUGAUCAUUUAGUCAGGGAAGCUGAUGCGGUUUUUUGGAGAGAAUGAAGCAGCUUUUAGUAUUGGUGUGAGCCCAUACUGGCAAUGCAAACUUUUCCUUUGCUGUCAUUGGCUUGAGUGCAGCAACUUUAGACUGGGUGAGGUUUCAUAUUCAAAGUUGUUAUCUUGACAACUUAGUCUGAAACAGAAUCUAUUUUGCUGCUUGCUUUUAUGGCUCAGCUGACUGAUGGCAUUUCUUUUGUUCUGCACAAUCCUCAGUUGA